GAAGGCUAAUAAACUUAGUAUGGCGAUGUGGGGAAAUAUCUGCCGGAUUUGCAGCAGCCCCGCGGACUAUGAGAUAUUUGCCAAAAUCCCCACCUACCUGCACGGUUCCACAAACGAAUUUCUUAAUUGGCAAAAGCCGAUUAACAUUUUAAUUGAGGAGACAACGGGAUUAAAGAACUCGACCGACGACGGCUUUCCACGGUACAUUUGUGCUCCUUGCAUCUCGUAUCUGAAGCAUGCCGUGACUUUCAGAGAGCAGUGCAUCCGAAAUGCUCUCAGUCUGAAACUAGCCCAGCUGCACCUGGAAAAGACUGCCAAUAUCUCGGACGCCAAAAAGGCGGACAAGGAGAACGCCUUAUUCACCCCAGCUGACCUGCUCUACGUGGAUCAACGACCGGUACAUAAUUUACUUUUGAAAAACAGCAGCGGAAAGCUGGGCUCUUCCAGGGACAAAGUGGACAAACAGCUCUUGAAUCAAACGGCUCCACAAUUGGGCAGCAGCUGCGAGCAACGGAUCCAGUAUCUCAACGUACUGUUCAAUAAGCAGCAGCAACAAAAUUCCAGAAACAUUCCGGAUGAUGAGGAGGAUUUUGUGGCGGCCAGUUCCAGCGAGGACAAUGAAAACGAGGAAGCAGCCCUGCAACGGAAACACAAAAACUGCUACAACUACAGCGAGACCAAUUUUGAAGAGGACGAUCCCAUGGAACAGGACCAGUUGCGUGACAUAAAGGUCAACAUUCCGGAGCCCAUGUGGAAGGAGCGAAAGUGUCCGGCGUGCUCCAAGCGGUUCAUGUUCGAGGAGUCACAGCAGUCGCAUUUGGACAAUUGUGUCGAGUACCAGUUCGUUACGUUUCUGGCCGAGGCCAAUAAGCUUCUGGAAAUCAGGCGGCAGAAAAUGGUUUCACCUCACGAGUUCAUCCGACGAAUGAUCUUUGCCCUGCACAAGACCUGCACCUGGCUGCAGGAACAUUCGAUUGACUCCAAUCUGGCUGACAAGCUCAACCAGGUAAAGACGUCAAACGGUGAAAAGGCAGUCGAACCAGUACUUCCUGCAGAGGACUUUCCAGCAGAGGAGCCACUGUUUGACUUCCUUAGUGGCACUACUACGCCAAUCACCGUCGAGAACAACGUGCUGUAUGCCAUUGCGCGAUCUGAAAGCCGCAAUUCGGAGAGUACCCCAACUGUGAAGAAACCAAUUCCUAUACGUGGCUCUACUUUGGGACUUGGAAUUGGUACUGGCACGGAUCAGGAGCGUGCCAACUUCCUGGAAAAGCUACAGCGGGCUCAAGGUACCCCAAUAAAGGGCGCUGCCUCGGCUCUAGUUUUCUCCGCCCGAUGCGGGCAGUGCAAUCUAGUAUUUGAUUCGGUCUCAGAUCUGGAGGUUCAUAAUGGAACCCAUCACAACGAUAACGGAAGCCAAGAUUCUAAUCCUGACAAAGACGCCCAGAGGCGUCGCAUAAUCGCACUAUUUGAAGACGAUAUAUAAGUGUUCCAAAUAUUAUAUUUUACUAGUGGACUUAUCUUAGCAACUCGAUGGCAAAUCUAUUUUAACCAAUUGUAUUCUUAGGCAUAACUUAUUUAUUUAAAUAUCGUAUUUCGUUCCAUUUUUUUUAUGUAAAACUACAUACUCACACAUUCUUUAAGCCAUGGGCUUAAAUUCAUAUUUCAUAGGUAAUUCAGAUAAAUAAAGAGAUACAAAAGACUUU